AUGCUGCAUCUGAAGCGAUAUAUCCUCUAUUUCAGCUUAGCCAUCAUCACAGUAUGGACAUUGAGCUACUACAUGUGGUAUCAUUCAACCGGAUCUACCGUGCAAGAAUCGACAUGGACCUGUACCGGUCAAGGAAGAAACAAAAUUUGCGAAUUCAGAAACUUUUGCAUCGACAGCUACCGUGGUCCCUUUAUCAUAUCCGACAAGGAGCCACCGCGCAUCAAUGUCAUGAACACAGGUGAUGCAGAGGACCUCUGGUUUCAACCAAAACAUAUUUCUACGAGUAGCCACGGGAUUCAUGCUGACCACGUUAAUGAAACUAUCUUUGCAUAUGCACUGUACUCGCCGUAUCAUUUCUCUCACUCGCUCUUCAAUGGUUUGAUGCCUUUAUAUAGUAUAAUGCAAGAAAAGAAAGCACCUUCAACUAGUUGGACAUUGCGAGUUGGAACAUAUGACAAUCAGCAUACGACUGUCGAUCUAUUGUUACCAACCACAUCCAAAGACAUUGUGCUGGAGAAGGCUGAUGUUCGAACUCCAAAGCAAACAAUGCCCAACUAUAAGCCCAUGUGCUUUGCCAAAGCUGUUGUUGGAGCAGGCAAUCGUUGCUCGCUGUGGUACUGUGAUAGUCAGGUCCCUGCUCAGCACUAUGCCUCGUUCAAAUCAUUCGCAUUGAGCCAUCCUGCCGUGCCUAAUAAUCCUUGCGCUUCCUCCAUUGUCACUUACAAACCUCAUGGAAAAUACAAGAUUGGUAUCCUCAAUAGAAAGAAGACUCGACAUAUCACCAAUAUACCCCAGCUCAUUCAACGCUUAUCAGAAGAGCUUGAUGCUGCCGUCGUUACUAUUGAUUUUGAAAAAGGAUGCGAUAUUGUCAACACGGCCCACGCUGUCAAAGAUCUGGAUGUUCUGAUAGCACCUUUUGGAAACGGCCUAGGUGCUGGUUUAUUCAUGAAAGACGAUGCUGUGGUGAUAUCAAUUGCAGCUCGUUACUAUAACGAACCUUGGUUCAAAUACCCCAUGACAGCUAUCGGUAGACGUAUUUUCAAUUUUGAAUGCACGAGUAGUAUCUGUCAAGAGUACGAUCAAGAAUUGGCUACAUCAGUGUUGCAAAAUGUCGGUGUUCAGCUGAAUAAAACAGAGAUGCAAGAAUUCCUCACUACUGGAAAUCCGGAAAAAGUCCUGUCGACGUACUUGCCCAAUUCCAAUCCUUGGGAUCCAUUCUUGCAAUACGCUAAAGAUGUGAGUCGACGAGUGGACGUAGAUCGGUUUAUACCCUUCUUGAAGCAGAUUAUGGAUUCGAAACCACCCAAAAAUAUGACCUAUGCAGAAUCUUGCAGAACACCGAAUGUGUGCUGCGAUCUGGAUUGCGAAGUGGCAUUGAAUAGAAAUGUCUUUGGGGAGAAUAAUGCUUGGAAGAAGAGUAUAUAA